AAACAAACGUUUUCUUUUAAAUUACUCGAAAGUAUCAGCUUCGCAGUCUCGAGCAUGGCACUGUUUAGAGCUGCGCUAUUGGCGUCACUGGCUAUGCUGUGGAGUCAACGGAGUGGAGCCGGCGCCUCGUCACGCCAGCGCGAUAGCAUUAAUAUCAAGGACAAGAUCAUUGAGCUGCAGUGCCUGGAACGUUGCGAGAAUCACACAGAGCCUCUGGUAUGUGCCGAACACUGCAAAUUGGAGCUGUUGCGUGCACCGAGGCGCGGCAAGUGUCCGAACAUUCAGUUGGGUCUCAGGCAUCACACGUCGGCCCUGACACGACUCUCGUGUCUGGAUAAUUGCGUCUAUGACCAUGAUUGUGAUGAGGUGCAGAAAUGCUGUGCGUCCACGUGCGGACCGGUGUGCAUUGCCCCCCUGGGCGUGGACAACGAUACUCAGCUGCCGCCUAUACCCAAGAUCCUGGGCUACAAAUUACCGGGCAGCUACAAGGUGGAACUGACCAUUGAGUCCUCCUUGCUUCCCUACUACUUUCAUGUGGAGGUGCGCUCGCACAUCGGACGUUUGUUUGCGGCACGCAAGCUGGGCAUGUGGCAGUGGCAGCCGGUGGAGAAGCUGCUGGAAAGGAUGGACAAUGAGCACCACAGGAAAUUUACGGAAAUAUUCUUCAACAUUCGACCGGGUCGUUGGUAUCAGGUGCGUGUGGCCGCUGUUAACGCUUACGGAUUCCGCGGCUACUCUCAACCGUCACGUGCCUUCACUUUGGCGAGCAAUCCCAAGCGUCCCAAGGCACCGAAUGAUUUGAAGAUAAUUAAUAAGCAGUACGAUGGCCGCUAUAUGAGUGUGAAGCUCAUUUGGUGUCCGUCCAAAUCCAAUUUGCCAGUGGAAAAGUACAAAAUCAUUUGGUCACUCUAUGUGAGCGCCAGGGAGGCCUCACUUAUAACACAGGAGGCUUAUGUCAAGGAUGCACAUCAAUUUGAAAUCAGAAAACUACUACCCGACUCCUCCUACUACAUACAAGUGCAGGCCAUGAGUAUUAAUGGAUCGCGUCGUUUGAAAUCUGACAAGAAAUCGCUGCUCUUCAACACCACUCUACAGUCCCUAGAGCCCUACACUCCACUGAACUGUGCGACUCACAACUUUAGACGCAAAUAUCAUCAUCAUCAGCACCAUAGUCCGCCCAGUAGUACGGAAGGGAGCGCUACGACGACCACUGUUAACAUUAAUGAGAGCGCUCGUGCCACCAACCACUCAGCGACGUCCUAUGAAGUGCGCUUCCGCCUGAACCGGAAAUUCGGCAUGAUUGUGCAAAUUUUGGGCCUGCAGCCACACAAGGAGAAGGUCUACGAACUGUGCCCAAAAGAAACAAAUUGCGAACAUCGAGAGUUCAGCGCGAUCCGUGUUAAAAAAGAUUCGUUGGAGUUUAGCAAAUUAAAAUACAACACAACUUACGUUCUUAAAGCCGUGCGGCCCAAUUCCGUGCUUGAUGACACUAAAAAGAACACCUUUACGUUUACAACGCCCAAGUGUGAGAAUUUCCGCAGGCGCUUUCCCAAAAUUCAAAUCAACUGUGAGUGAACAGCGUCGGGCGGCGUUAACAGCUAUAAUAAUGAUGAUGACGCUGAUGAUAGUAAAAGUCCACAUUGGUAAUCAUUAAUCAUGAUGAUGAUUCCAAAAUGUUGGUGUUGACGUGCAUGACGUUUUAUAAUGAUGAAGUCAACUGCAGUUGACAAACACACAAACACAGUGCACCCACACAAAGCCCGAGAUUAUUUUAGUUUGUAAAUAUGUAUGACUUAAUAUUUUUACCUAUUGUUAGGCUUAAGUGAAACUACAAUGAACUUUCGAACCACA